AAAAUGAAGAACAACGGUAACAACUUGCAAUACUUUACGGAAUCGUCUGACGACGAUGACGAAGAAACGCUGAUGAUCAAAAAAGUUCAGCAGGACACCAAACUGUGGGACUCGUUCCAAGACCCGCCGGUGCAGCAGACGUCCGGUUCGGCAGCCAGCCAGGAUUAUCUGAGCGUGUUCAUCAAAUGUCUCAAAGUGUUUACGUACAUUUUCGUGUUCCUGGUAACGCUGGCCGCCGCGUGCUUCUCCAAGAUGUCCUUCCUGCUGAUGACGUCCAACGUGAAGGAGGGAGUCAAAAACAGAUACUGCGAUGUGCGACAACCGGACAAACAGUUCGAGGCCAUCAUUCCGACAGAGCAACGAAUCGGGUGGAUGUGGGCCAUCAUUAUCUCGUUCACCAUUCCGGAGGUUGGGACACUGAUUCGAGCAGCUCGCAUUUGCUUCUUCAAGAACAUUCCACGACCAACGUUCGGCCAGUUGGCGGUCGUUGCCCUCAUGGAGGGCUUCCACGUGACGGGUUUGGCUAUGUUGGCGUUCCUAAUCUUUCCCAAUAUGGAUGCUGUUAAGGCGGUAAUGUUGACCAACUGUGUCUGUUUGGUGCCGGCUAUUCUCGGGCUGCUUUCAAGAUCAUCAGCGGAGUCGAAGCUGCCUUUCAAGUACACCGUGGAUGUGUUGGCCAUCAGUGCCCAGGUGACAGGAUUCGUUGUUUGGCCUUUGCUGAGCAAUUCGUUUGAACUGUGGUUUAUUCCGGUCGCUGUUUUCCUAGUAUCGUGUCACUGGUGGGAGAACUACCUCUCACUUAAAAGCUAUUUCCGACCAUUUGCCACGCUGGCCACCAUCCGGGAGAAGCUGACGGAAACUCGUUACAGUACCUAUCUGUUCGUAUCACCGUUCAAAGUGUUGCUCUUCAUGGCAGCCGGAGUGUAUCUAUCGGGCCAAGCGGUUCCGGAUUUUUUCGCCAUGUUCAGCAACGGCUGGGGAAACCACACAAUCGUGGUCCGUGAGAUGGAGGCCAUCCUCAAUGAGAAGUUUCCCGAUUUGAGCUCGAUAACAUCCGACCUGGAAGUGUUGGAAAUAUUCCCGGUCAAGAAUGCUGUGCUUUGGAUUACGGUGACACACGUUCUGUGCUCGUACGUUUGUUACAUUUUCAGUAAAUUUUCGUGCAAAAUCCACAUCCAAAGCUUUUCGAUGGCGUUUCCAAUCAAUCUGACCGUUCCGGUAACGGUUACUCUCCUGUUGGUGUUUUGCGGUCUUCGAGAAGCGGACGUUUGCGUUUUCAACGGAAUUCUACCGGAUUAUCUAUUCUUCCGGAUGCCUCCAAUAUACUAUCUGUUCGAUUAUGUCGUCAACGAAUUUUCCUGGUUGUGGUUGCUGUGGCUGCUGUCGCAGACCUGGAUAACUAGGCAUCUUUGGAUGCCGAAAAGCGAUCGCAAUGCGUCAACGGAGAAGCUCUUCGUUACUCCAAUGUACAAUAGUUUGCUGGUGGAUCAGAGCGUCGCGAUGAACCGUAGACGAGAAGAUCAAGAGGAUUUCGUGAAAAAGAUAGACAUGGUCAAAGUAAAGGAUACGGAGAAAGCAAACGAAAUCGACGCCAAGGCGAACGAGCGAAAGAACGACACGAUCAAGCCGUACGACAGGAUUCCGCAGAUCUUCAUCUGCGCCACCAUGUGGCACGAAACCAAGGAAGAGUUGAUGGAAUUCUUAAAAUCGAUCCUGCGGUUGGACGAGGACCAAUGCGCUCGCCGGAUGGCCAUGAAGCACAUUCAGGCGACCAAGGAGGACAUCGAUCCGGAUUAUUACGAUCUUGAAACUCACAUCUUCUUUGACGACGCCUUUGUCAACGACAAAUCCAAGUGUGAAAGCGCUAACGAUUCUCCUCUCAACUCCUAUGUGAAGACCCUCAUCAACAACCUGGAAGAAGCGGCCUUGGAAGUUUACAAAACUAAAAUGCGUAUCUAUCCACCAACCAAGAUCGUAACGCCAUACGGUGGCCGGCUCAUAUGGACCCUUCCCGGACGAACGAAAAUGAUAGCCCAUCUCAAGGAUAAGAACAAAAUUCGUCAUAAGAAACGUUGGUCCCAGGUAAUGUACAUGUACUACCUUUUGGGAUACAGGAUCAUGCAGCUGAAUACCACUCCCGAGCGCAAAAUGGUGAUCGCCCAGAACACCUACCUUCUGGCCCUGGAUGGCGACAUCGAUUUUCAACCAAAAGCCGUCUCUCUUCUUGUGGAUCGUAUGAAAGUUGAUCCGGAUUUGGGUGCUGCCUGUGGUCGUAUUCAUCCGGUUGGAACCGGACCCAUGGUUUGGUACCAGAUCUUCGAGUAUGCCAUCGGUCAUUGGCUUCAGAAAGCUACGGAGCACGUGAUCGGAUGCGUACUUUGUUCGCCAGGAUGCUUCUCGCUGUUCCGAGGAAGAGCUCUCAUGGAGAACUCCGUCAUGAAGAAGUACACCACCAAGUCUGACCAGGCUCGCCACUACGUUCAGUAUGAUCAGGGUGAAGACCGAUGGCUCUGUACGUUGCUUCUCAAGCAGAAAUUCCGAGUAGAAUACUCGGCUGCCUCGGACGCGUAUACCCAUGCUCCGGAGGGGUUCAACGAGUUCUACAACCAACGUCGACGUUGGGUUCCAUCUACCAUUGCCAACAUCUUCGACCUUCUUGGAGAUGCCAAGCGAGUUGUCAAGACAAACAACAGUAUUUCUAUGCCCUAUAUCGUUUACCAGAGCAUGUUGAUGUUCGGCACGAUCCUUGGCCCAGGCACAAUCUUCCUUAUGAUGGUCGGUGCCUUAGUUGCUGUGUUCCGUAUCGAUAUCUGGACAUCAUUCCUUUGGAACGGAGUACCCCUCGCGGUGUUUAUGGCCAUUUGCUUCUGGAUGAAGCAGAAGUACCAACUUAUGGCAGCCUUCUUCAUCUCAGCUAGCUACUCGUUGGUGAUGAUGGCUGUGCUGGUUGGUAUCGUUAUCCAGGUCAUGGAGGACGGUAUCCUUGCUCCGUCGUCGGUGUUCUUCAUGGCCGUCGCGUUGCAGAUUGUGGUCACAGGUCUACUGCAUCCCCAGGAAAUGGAAGCCCUCCCGGCAGGACUAGUCUACUACAUCACCAUCCCGUCCAUGUACAUGUUGUUGGUGAUCUAUUCGGUGUUCAACAUGAACGAUGUAUCGUGGGGAACCCGUGAGAACCCUACGGAAGCUCCGAAGGCUGCCCCGGUACAGCAGGUACCGCAGGGCAAGAUGCAUAAACUGCUGGACUAUUUGCGAUCCGGGGACCAAGAGGACGAAGGUUCGAUCAACUUUUCUGUGAGUGGGCUGUUCAGCUGUCUGUUCUGUACUCAUCCGAAGUCCAGCGCUGAGAAGGAGCAGAUGGUGCAGGUCGCAUCCUCGCUGACCGAGAUUAACGGCAAGCUGAAGGAUUUGGAAAUGAAAUUAACCGGCACCGUCACCGUAAUGAGAUCCUCCGACGACGACGAUGACGUGGAUGAGAUGAGCUGUCUCGACAUGCAAGGCGGCUCUCCGAACGGAGUGUCCUCCCCGAUUCAGACCGUGAAGAACUCCGAACUGGAAGAGCCGGAAAAACAAAUCAACUAUCUUCCGGAUUGGCUUUACGACGUAGAUCUGCGAAACGGCGACACCGAAACCAUCUCCGCUUCGGAAGAACAGUUCUGGAUUGAGUUGAUCGAAAAGUACCUCAAACCGCUGGAUCUGACAGAGAAGCAGAAAAGUGAGAUGCAAUCCCAGCUGAAAAACCUUCGUGAUCUGGCCGUAUUUGCUUUCGUGAUGGCGAACGCCCUAUUCGUGCUGGUCAUCUUCCUGCUGCAGUUGAACAAAAAGGACCUGCACAUCCAGUGGUGGUUCAACGCGAAGAACACCAUCAGCUUCGACGAGAGCACCGUGGAGAUUAUCGUUCGCCGGGAGUAUCUAGAGAUCGAACCUAUCGGAUUGGUGUUCGUGUUCUUCUUCGGGUUGAUCCUCGUCAUCCAGUUCGUUGCGAUGCUGAUGCACCGCUUCGGGACGAUCUCGCAGAUCUUGGCGUCCACGCAGCUGAAUUGGUACUGUUCGAAGAAGGCGAAGGACAUGUCGCUGGAUGCGGAGUUGAGGGAGAAUGCCGUGGAAAUCGCAAGGAGAUUGCAGCGACCGAAGCCACAGUGGGAUGAAGAAGAUCUGGAAGACGAUCAGAAAGCGAUCGGGAGAAGGGACACGAUCCAUAGAAUCCUCUAUCAACACAAAAACAAACAGGACUGGAGCAAUCUGGAGGCGAACUUCAAGCGCAAUUACUACAAGGACGGCGAUCUGAACUUGGGAGGAAGAUUAACGCUCAGUCGAAAGACGCUGAAUGUACUGGACACGAGAAGAAAGUCGAUGGCCGAACAAAGGAAAAUUCGGAAGUCGAUUCUUCGAGGACAGAACCCCUACGACACGGCUGGAGAUUUGUGGUAUCAGGGUAGCCCAGACAGUGGAUUCAAUCAACGGAAAACUUCCUCUCCUCCAGGUUACAACGGAGCGGCAAGGGGUCGGCCUUCCAAUCAAUCGCCAAACUUCGAAGGAAACAAUCGCGGUAGGGUGAACUACGCUUAUCAAAUCGACGAGGAACUAGAGGACUACUCGGAGGAAGAAGACACGAUGGAGUUCGAUCGUCCGACGCUGCAAAUGGAGAUGACUGAACGACCGACGCCCAAAUCCAAAAGGAAAAGUCGAGUUGCGUUUGCCUAAACUGAAACAUGUCUUGUAGUUUAAGAUUCAUUAUUCCCACAACACAAUAAAAAAUAACUCAACGAACGCACAGAUGUCAA